AUGGAGCUCCUCGAGACAUCUCUAGCAAGUGGCAUAACACGACCUGGAUAUGCUCGAGGCCAUACAACAGGAUACAUCACCGUCAAGUCUCUCAACUGGCUCAGGCUAGUAAGUCUUCGUAAAGGUGCGCCCGAGAACCCGCUCGCCUCGGAUUUUCGCAUUGGAAGAUUGGCCAUGCGCCAAAUUCUUCUCAAAGUCGCACGAGAGCAUAGUAGGAUGGUUUGGGGUUCGACAUGUAAUGAGAUCUCAUCGAAACAAGACGGACGGAUUUGCAUAACCUUGGACGAUGGCAAGGAAGACGAAUGCGACCUCUUGAUUGUCGCCGACGGCGCAAACAGCAGGAUCCGAAAGUACCUUCGACCUCACGAUCAAUUAGCCUUCGCCGGACCAAUAAAUAUUUCAGUGGUCUCACGCUUCGCUCUGCCACCUCCACCACCUUUCAAUAGAGACUGGGGAAUUGUGGCCGGUGGCAACGGUCUCGCACUAUUUACUUGCCCGGUUGACGACACAACGAUACACUGGAGCCUCAGCUACAUGGCCCGAGAGCCUCGUGAUCUACCCAGACGACCACUCUCACCUGAAGUCAGGUCACAUAUCCUUUGCGAGGCUCAGGAACGAGGUCGGGUGUUUGGAGAGCCGUUCCGCAUACUGCUAGAGAGUAGUGACGCCGCAACAGUCAGAGUGUUCAACUCAUGGGACAAGGAGCCGUUCGCUCACGGAGCAAAGAACAAUGUGCCUCCAGGCGUUGUAUUCAUCGGCGACAGUAACCACGCCGUCACUCCAUUCGCUGGUAGUGGUGCGAAUAUGGCUCUCUUAGACGGACACGACCUUGCCGAGUGUCUUUGUACGCACGAUUCUGUCGACAAGGCUAUUGAAGCGUACGAUAGGCGUAGCCUGCCACGUGCUCGCAUUUUGCUUAGAAAUUCGCACCGCACUAUCACGGUAGCUCACGCAACUGGCUGGAGAUGGUAUCUUAUCCAAAUGAUACUUCAGCUGUUAGGCUUUCUGCAAAUGCUCUUCAAGCGAUAG